CACACACACACCAACCGAUCUCGCUGCCUUCUGGGUUUUCGAUCUUCCGUUUUUCCUCAUCCACUUCGCAAAUGGGGGCAAAAGUUUUCAAUCUUUUGGGUUUGCUGUUGCAUUUUAUUUUCCAGCCUCAAUUCCUUAAUAUUAGAUGAUUUGGAAACUUUGGGGCUUGAAUGAAACAACGUAUCGUAAGCUAUGGACACUCGUAGUGAUUUGAUCGCACUUCCUUCCACGACUCUUGGUGAAGGUGGUGAUCAUACAGCUCCAGGCAAAAGAUUAAGCUCCUCUUCAUCUGCAUCGUGUUCGUCAUCUGGAGACCCUUUCGAAUUGGAUGCAAAUAAAGCUGAUAAAUCUGCCCCGAGAACAGCGGAGAGGUCAAACCAUGGAAAACAUAGUCAGUUAGCUUCAGAUUUUAGUGAAGAUGAUAUUCCAAUCAGCUCAAUGCCACCCUCAGAUCAUCCUGAUCCUAUGAACCCAAACAAUGGCUCAUCAACGCAAUCCCUGCCAACGCAGAUGCUGCAGCAAGUCAGUGAUGAUGUUGCUAAUGCUACGCCUUCCGCAUACAGGAUCCCACCUUCUGUAUUUGCUAGAACCAAUACUAAUGCUCCUAUGGAGUGGAGUGUUACUUCCAAUGAAUCAUUGUUCAGUCUUCACAUGGGAAACAUGAGUUUCACUCGAGACCAAUUAUUAUGGAUGGGUAAAUCAGGAGAGCUAGGAUUGGCGGGCGAUCCUACCAUUAUGUACGGACAGAUGAUGGAUUUCUCAAGCAAUCAGCCUCCAACUCCAGUAACUGGAAAAUCAACUGAAUUAAUUGAUCUUUCAAGCAAUCAGCCUCCAAGUACCAGCAAAUCGACUGAACUGAUCGAUUGUUCAAGUGAUCAACCUCCAAUAAGAAAAUCAACCGAGGUUGAGAGAAGGAAUGCUGAUCUUGAAGCACGUUUUGGCGUAACUGAAACAACAGCUGCUGCAACAAUGAUGGAGGUUAUAAGAGAAAAUGAUGCUAAUGCUCCUAGUAAGGAAAAGCCAUCACAAGCCAAAGAACCGACAACUCGCUCUUCAAGCAUUUCUCGUAACUCAGAUUGCAGUGGUGGAGCUAGUGUUCGCUCUUUCGCAUUUCCAAUAGUGACAGGCGAUGCAAAUAAAAGUGGUUCAUUGAAAGUCAGAAGUGAAAAGCGAAAGCAACAGUCACAGUCUCCUAAAGUAUCCUCAGAGCCAAAUCAAGAGUUACAACCACAAACCCCAAAGCCUGAGGACGCUAAUAAAUCUCCAAAACCAAAACCGAGCGGGAAUGCUUCUCAGCGUAAAUGGUUAUCUUGCUUUUCUUGUUGCCAAUUCUGUUCUUGAGGGACAAAACUGCAUUGCCUUCCUUCAUAAUUAAACAAGCUCUCCAUCUUUUCUUGAAAUGCUAAGAUCAGAUCAUCCAUAUAUGUUAGUCCUAUAUAUGGUCGUAACUGUA